ACGCAGUCGCCCGACUCGUGGGAGUGCAUCACGGAGGACAUUGGGCAGUACUUCUCGUCCAUGCCGACGCCGACGGGCAACGUGCUCGGCGGCAUCAACUCGUACGGCGGCUCGGUGGCCGUGACGUGCGACAAGACGGCGACAGGCACCUGCCGUCUCGGCUGUAACGUGACGGACCCGAAGUCGUGGUGCGGCCUUACCACGGCCAUCCCGGCCAGCGUCCUGUCCAGCUACUCGACCUACUUCUCGGCCGUCACGUCCUUCUGGGAGGCCAACAGCGCCAUGAUGUGGGUGCUGGCGACCAGCUGCCCA